GACACACCGACGCUAAUAUUUACAGUUUACAGCGAAAACCUUAAUACCCAUUUGACAACCAUACAAAUACAUUCUACUACGCGCGUGUGUGUAAUAAUCUGUACAUACAUGAUACAACUCAUGUAUGCAUAGUUACCGGGAGAUGUAUAUGAAUAAAGUAGUAUAUAAGUCACACACCACUUGUCCAUAACACAGCAUUCACAAGCAGAUCUAGAUCCAGCUUCAAUCACAGCUUCAUCAAGCUCUUCAGCUCAUUACAUCCUCGAAAACCCAAGGUUAUAAAAAUUAUAUAACAAUGUCAAGGAGGCCAACGAGCACCUCUCGACGUUUUGAAGAUGGUGGAAGUAUGCCUUUCGUGGGCUCCUUAAACCCCAAGUCACGACCAUCACCUGUAGUAUCUAUCGUGCUAGUAGUUUUGGGCGCCUUCUUGAUAAUUGGCUAUCUAUACAGUGGUUCAGGUGGCAGUGCUGGGAAAGAGGCACUAAUGAAACUGGAAGCUGGGGCUUCAUGCUCAUCAGAAGUUCUGAAAUCAAUUCCUCUUCUGAAGAAAGUAUAUGGGGACAGUAUGCAUAAAAUACUACAUGUAGGACCUGAAACAUGUUCAGUUGUAUCUAAAUUAUUAAAAGAAGAUGAUACUGAAGCAUGGGGAGUUGAGCCGUAUGAUUUAGAUGAUGCUGAUGCGAAAUGCAGGAGUCUUGUACAUAAAGGCAUUGUGCGUGUUGCCGAUAUCAAGUAUUCUCUUCCUUACAGCAGAAACUCAUUCUCUCUUGUUAUAGUGUCUGAUGCCUUAGACUACUUGUCCCCUAAAUACCUAAACAAAACUCUUCCUGAACUGGCAAGGGUAGCUGCUGAUGGGAUUGUUGUUUUCUCUGGUUAUCCGGGACAACGUAGAGCAAAAGUAGCAGAAUUGUCAAAGUUUGGUCGCCCUGCCAAACUACGAAGCUCAUCUUGGUGGAUAAGAUAUUUUGUUCAGAUUAGCUUGGCAGAGAAUGAAUCCAUCACCAAAAAGUUUGAGCAAGCUGCAACCAAAAGUUCAUACGCCCCCGACUGCCAGAUUUUCCACCUAAAACCACACAAGAAGUAGAUGCUGAGAAACACAGAUCUUUCUGAGUAAAGAACACUGUCAACAAGUUCCGCCCCCCUCGGCAAGAUAAUUUGUGUUUAUGUUCUUUAAUCUUAUCACUGGACACUAUAAAUUAAAGAUUUUGUUGGCAGUCAUGGCUGUCUUCCUACACAAAAAGUGUAGCUUGUUUUAGUUGCAAAGAUAGAACUAUUGAAGAUCAAUAUAUAUAUUAAUAUCAUUAUCAUUUGUCUUUAUAA